AUGCCGCCUCCACGAGGCACACCCAACGUCCUCGAAGGACCAGGCGACUACACCAUGACCCAAAAAGUAUUCAACGACACCUACCCCUUCAUCGAUCCCACAAAAGCCAACCUCACAGGAAAAUCCGUCCUCAUCACCGGCGCAUCCAAAGGCCUCGGCCAACAAAUCGAAAUCUCAUUCGCCAAAGCCGGAGCAUCCCACAUCGCCAUGGGAGCCAGGAGCUCCCUGACUACAACCUCCAGCCUCAUAAAAUCCUCGGCCCUCGCAGCCGGCCAUCCCGAACCCCAAAUCCUCCCUCUGAACCUCGACAUCGCAUCCCGCACCAGCGUCUCAGCAGCCGCAGAACUCAUCUCCAAAGGCUUCUCCGGUAAACUCGACAUCCUAAUCAACAACGCCGGCAUGAUGUCCUCCAACGACCUCAUCGGCUCUUCCACUCCUGAAACCUGGUGGGACGAGACCAUGAACGUUAAUCUCCAAGGAACUUAUCUCAUGACAGGAUCCUUCCUCCCUUUACUACUCGCCUCCUCCACCAAGACACUCAUCAACAUCUCCUCCGUCGGUGCACACCUCGUCAAUCCCACUCUUUCCGCCUAUCAAAUUUCCAAACUCGCCGUUCUUCGAUUGACGGAGUUUGUAGCAGCAGAAUAUGCAGAUCAAGGACUUGUGGCGAUUGCUGUGCAUCCAGGGAAUAUCUUGACAGAUAUUGUAGGGAAUGGAGAAGGGAUGAAUGAAGAAUUGAAAGCGGCGUUCACUGAGACUCCGAGACUGUGUGCAGAUACUUUGGCAUUUCUGUGUCAGGAGCAGAGAGAAUGGUUAUCGGGAAGAUAUGUGAACUGUACAUGGGAUCUGGAAGAAUUGGUCAGUGAAGAGAAGAAGAAGGAGAUUGUAGAGAGGGAUAAGCUGAAGGUCAAGUUGGUUGUUUGA